CGAUGGGAUCGAUCUGGCGACCUCUGUGUUGCAAGUCCAGCGUGCUGACCGUUACUCCAGGGUGGCAGCGACAUUCGUUUCUCAGUUAAAAGGUGGCGGAAACUGGUUUGCAAGCACCUGAUGGAGCCUAAACUGUCACAGUCGAGCGGGAGGUGCUGCGUGGAGGACGCGAUGCCUCCUCCAGCACACGACGGUGUCGUGAAGCGCAUCUCCAAACAGCUGGGAAAGCUCCGGCCACGCCAGCAGUCGGCCAACAAGGAGGACGCUAAUGACAGAGCAACGCUAUUGAGGCCAUAUCCGCGCGACACCGCGGGAGACAGCGCGGACGACGACGACGAUGAUUCCACAUCCAGCGACGCGUUCUCAAAGUCGACGGACUCCAUCGCACGCUCAGCGAGGCCUCGCGGCCAUCUCAGGCCUUACAGGAGGACAGUUUUACAGCCACCGCGGCCGCGGUGGAAGAUGUCCGUGCACCAGCGCAUCCAAACCUCAGCCUCCACCUCCAUGCUGCCCAGCAUCAAGGAGCACGUGGCGCUCGGCGGUGCCAAGCCGCGGCGUGCAGCUGUGGCCGUCUGUGUGGACACGGUCGACACAGAAACUGCCCAGCUGCUGACCAACUCAAUCGUGGUCAAGUCUCGGAGAAUGUCCCGGCGCGUCUCGGUCACCAGUCUUCCCACAGGCCUGCAGAAGUGUCCUGGCAACCCAUCCAAGAAGAAGCAAUUCUGCAAGCUGCUGAAAAGCAGGGACAAGAAAAGAACGAAGUCUCCCAGCAGGCGGCCGUCAAUUAUGACCGUCAGCAAGCUUCAGAGCGAGGUGGACGAGCUCUUGGUGGACGUGGCAAACAAAUCCCUCCGACUGCUCGCCACGCGCCAGGCGGAGCUGCGGCAGUGCGAGACGCUGGGCCAGGAGGUGCUCGCCUCCACCAAGCACUUCCAGAAGGUGUCGAGCCGUAGCGCACGCCGCCUCCGCUGGGGCUUCCUCUGCUUCUUCUGCUGCUGCUGCAAAGACUGCUGCUGAGGCAGGCGGACUCCAGCCCGUCGUGGCACGUUGACAAACGGAGCCACAGUAGCCAGAGUGGGAAGUUGGGAGAGGGUCCUUCUAUCGACUGGUGGUUCCCGGUGGUUGCUGGGUAGAUUACUGAUCGUAUCUGCAGAGUUUCCCCACCACCCGCCCCCACUCCAUCGUGGAUAAGAGGAGUUCUACUGCUGUACUAUUAUUAUAUUAAACUGACAGUUUAUAUUCAAUCAAUUUAAGGUAAUAAACAAGAUGUGCAAUGGUAGAAUGCACGCACAGAAUGAACAAAUUACUUAAGUGACUAUAAGCCAGUUUCUCAAUUGACAUGGUUUUAUCCCCUAUUAUUUUUGUAAUGCUUAUAUUCUCAGCAUGUCCAUUAGAUUAAAACAAAUCUUGCAUAAAUGUAUUUUCUUCAAAUUAAAAAAGGUCACAACAAUCAAUAUUCAAUGUUAUUUCCAUACAUGUUGAAAACCACUCAAGACACGCAUGAGUCCUAUAAACACUCCACACUUUUCUUAAAUGCACGAGCACACAUCCCCAGUGAUAUUCAGCUCAACAGAGCACGCAAUUUCUUUAACUUAUGACUCAUGGACUGGCUCGAUUCGCUGUAUUGUGUUGCGAUUGUGGUGCACGGUACUGCACUGCUUUGUGAGGACUGCUCUCAAUGCGCAGUACUGGACUGCAUUGUAAUGUCGCUCGUUUCACUGUACAUUGAUCUUUGUAUCGCACGAGCAACGGCGCAGUGUGGCCGGUCGAGUUGCCAAGAGACUGGUAGGGAGUCACUGCACGUGGGAGAGACAGGAGUGACUCCACUUGUCGAUGGACGAGAGAAGCAAACAGCUUCGCGUUGACAAUCAACCGCACGUGCAAGGGAUGAGACUUGAACUAGGCACAAGGGGGCUAGGUCUCCAUGGGGUACAAGAGCUGUGUGUAUGCGCACCGGGAUCAGUGACAGCUGCGAGAGACGAGAGAAUCGCUGUCCUUUGGGCAGGUAGCGUAUGACACUGCCCUGCUUAGACCAUCAGCAAUAGCGGGCGGGAACGUAGCCAGAACGUAUGUUGAAUUUUUUUCGCACCGUAAGUAGUCAACCGUGCUAAUUGGAGAUGUAAAGAAGAUGAUAGGUGAGAGAUGCGUGAAUUAAGAGGCGAGAGAUGUGUGUAGGGGUGGCAAUUGUGGGGAACAAAAGGUGGGAGAUAGUGGAGCGAGAAGCGGAGGUGGGAACAGCAUGGAGCGAGGUGUCCAGCGAGGAGAGCGGUGGCACGGUGCAGAGACGAACACACAGCUCACGAGAGAGGCGGAAGGCACGAGGUAUGAACAGGGGUCGGCAACGAAAAUAACAAGAUAACUUUUUUCGAAUUCGGUACAAAAAAAUAUUUCAAGAGCUGCAAUGUUGGCACGUGAAUACGAGACGGUCAGUAAUAACGCCACAAAUCAGUCCUUAAAGGGGUGCAUGUUGCCAAUCCAUACGGCGCACAGACGUUUCAACGAGAAAAACAAAUGUUUUGUCAAUUUGUUUGUUUCUCCCUUGUGAUGGGAUUAACGUGGGAUGAACGUGGGGAUUUAUAAGGGCACGGGGUAACCAAUAAGGUCUGAAUUGGUCUGUAAUAGGGUAGGCACUGAUAAGGGGUUGACAGGUAUGUAUGAGUGAGAGGAAAACUUUUAAGAUGAACAGCAUCAAAAAGGCAGUUGAAAAAAUGGGGAGGAUUAAAAAAAACCUGUCUUUUGUAUCUACGAAAUGGCAUUCACCAAUCAAACAUUUGCAUCUCAUGUUGUUUCAUG